AUGGAAGAGACAGAUCCCAAGAUAGCCAACAAUGCUCACGUUUUAAUCCUCCCUUACACUGCCCAAGGUCACAUCAAUCCCAUGCUCCAAUUCGCUAAACGCUUAGUCUCCAAAGGUCUCAAAGCCACGUUGGUAACAUCCACCUUCAUCUCCAAGUCCAUGCUUGUUGACCCCAACACCCCUAUUGAUAUCCAAUCAAUAUCGGACGGCUUCGACGAAGGCGGCUUUGCCCAAGCAGAGAGCAGUGAAGACUACCUGACAACAUUUCAGAAAGUAGGCUCACCAAGUUUAGCAACUUUAAUGAAGAAACUUGGCGAAAUUGGUCGCCCUGUUCAUGCCCUCAUCUAUGAUCCAUUCUUGCCUUGGGCGCUUGACGUAGCCAAGCAGUUUGGGGUGGCUGGGGUGGCAUUUUUUACGCAGUCUUGCGCUGUCAACUCCAUAUAUUACCAUGUUCACAAGGGCCUUCUUCAGCUUCCUCUCUCAGUGUCUAAUGUUUCUCUUCCAGGAUUGCCUGAACUUAAUGUUUCCGAAUUGCCUUCUUACGUAUCUCUUUAUGGAUCUUACCCCGCUUUCUUUGAUAUGGUCGUGAAUCAGUUCUCCAACCUUGACCUAGUCGAUUGGGUUCUCUUCGACAACUUUUACGAGUUGGAGACACAGGUUGUGGAUUGGAUGUCAAAACUUUGGAAGCUGGGGACCAUAGGACCAACUCUCCCAUCCAUGUACUUGGAUAAAAGAAUUGAAGAUGACAAAGACUAUGGAGUAAAUCUGUUCAAGCCGGACACUGGCACUUGCAUGAGUUGGCUGAAUGGGAAGCCAAAGGGUUCUGUUGUUUAUGCGUCAUUUGGGAGCAUGGCAGAAGUAGAUGUUGAACAAAUGAGGGAGAUAGCUUGGGGUUUGAAAGGAAGCAGCUGCUACUUCUUGUGGGUGGUAAGGGAAUCGGAGGAAGCCAAGCUACCAACCAAGUUCAUGGAGGAGACAUCAGAGAAGGGUUUGGUGGUGCGGUGGUGCUCCCAAUUGGAGGUGCUAUCACACGAGUCUGUGGGGUGUUUCCUUACGCAUUGCGGCUUAAAUUCUGUUAUGGAAGCCAUGUGUUUGGGAAUUCCAAUGGUGACACUGCCUCAAUGGACAGACCAAAUCACCAAUGCAAAGUUUGUGGAGGAUAUAUGGGAGGUUGGAAUAAAAGCUCAGCCUGACGAGAAAGGCAUUGUGAAAAGCCAGGCUAUUGAACUGUCCGUAAAGGAAAUAAUGGAGGGAGAAAAGGGCAAAGAGAUUAAGAAGAAUGCAAACAAGUGGAAGAAUUUGGCUAGAGAGGCAAUUGAUGAAGGUGGGAGCUCAGAUAAGCACAUUAAUCAAUUUGUAGCUGACCUAUUUGCUAAAUAA